CACUCUCACACUCCGCACGGGGCUCGCCGGCCCGGAGCGGGGAGCACCUGCCGGUCCUUGGAUGGCGGGAGGCGGGUUCGCCGCGGCGGCGGAGGGCGGCGGCGUGACGGUCCCCGUCGCGGUCACCUGCCUCAUGGCGGCCUCCUGCGGCCUCAUCUUCGGCUACGACAUUGGCGUCUCAGGUGGUGUGACGCAAAUGGAGUCGUUCCUGCGGAAAUUCUUCCCGGAGGUGUCCAGCCGGAUGAAGAGCGCCAGGCACGACGCCUACUGCAAGUACGACGACCAGCUGCUCACGGCGUUCACCUCGUCCCUGUACAUCGCCGCCAUGCUCUCGUCGCUGGUGGCGAGCCGCGUCACGAGGACGGUGGGCCGCCAGGCCGUCAUGCUGGUCGGCGGCGUGCUGUUCCUCGUGGGCUCGGCGAUCAACGCCGGCGCCGUCAACAUCGCCAUGCUCAUCCUCGGGCGGAUGCUGCUCGGCUUCGGAGUCGGGUUCACCACACAGGCUGCUCCUUUGUACCUCGCCGAGACGUCGCCGGCGCGGUGGCGCGGGGCGUUCACCACGGCGUACAACAUCUUCCUCGUGCUGGGCUCACUGGCCGCCACCGUCACCAACUACUUCACGAACCGUAUCCCCGGGUGGGGCUGGCGCGUGUCGCUCGGCCUCGCCGUCGUCCCCGCCGCCAUCGUCGUCCUGGGCGCCCUGCUCGUCCCGGACACCCCCAGCAGCCUGGUCCUGCGCGGCGAGACCGACGGGGCCCGCGCCUCGCUGCAGCGCCUCCGCGGUCCGGGCGCGGACGCCGAGGCCGAGUUCAAGGACAUCGUGCGCGCCGUCGAGGAGGCCCGCCGGAACGACGAGGGCGCGUACGAGAGGCUGCGCGGCAAGGGGUACCGGCACUACCUGGUGAUGGUGGUGGCAAUCCCCUCGUUCUUCGACCUCACCGGCGUGAUCGUCAUGGCCGUCUUCUCGCCGGUGCUGUUCCGGACGGUCGGGUUCAGCAGCCAGAAGGCCAUCCUCGGGUCCGUGAUCCUCAGCCUCGUGAACUUGGCCUCGUCACUCCUGUCCUCCUUCGUCAUGGACCGCGCCGGCCGCAGGUUCCUGUUCCUCAGCGGCGGCGCAGCGAUGAUCAUUUGCCAGCUGGCGAUGACGUGGAUCCUGGCGGGCCAUCUCGGGAAGCACGACUCGGUGACCAUGCCGCGCGGCUACGCGCUGGCCGUGCUGGUGCUCAUGUGCCUGUACACGCUCAGCUUCGGCGUGUCGUGGGGCCCGCUCAAGUGGGUGGUCCCCAGCGAGAUCUACCCCGUUGAGAUCCGGUCGGCGGGGCAGGCCCUGACGGUGUCCAUCGCGCUCUGCCUCUCCUUCGCGCAGACGCAGGUGUUCUUCUCCCUGCUCUGCGCCAUGAAGUACGCCAUCUUCCUGUUCUACGCCGGCUGGGUCGUGGUGAUGACGGCCUUCGUCGCCGCGUUCCUGCCGGAGACCAAGGGCGUGCCGCUGGAGGCCAUGCGCGCCGUCUGGGCGCGGCACUGGUACUGGAGGAGGUUCGUCGUCGGGGAUGCCAAGCUGGAGGCGCAGGUGGACUGCCUGUAGGAGAGAAACGAAUACGACCGAUCGAAUAACAGAACAUGCAAUUUAACUGUGGGCUAAAAUUCAAGUGGUCGCUGUGUCCAGCCAACAUGUAGCUCCUUACUCUGUAGUGUAGCUUGAUGUCUACUCUGGUAAAGCCUGACGUACUGCAGCGGUGAUCUGUGUUGGUUGUCAACCGUGAUUGUCUCCGGUUGCUGUGCGUUUAUUCGACGUAUAAAUCGGUGAUC